AUGUAUAAUCGCAAACCAAUGAUGAAGAAAAAAGAAGGUUUAGUGGAUGCCGCUGAUCCUGACCUGAGCUUUAGCAAGAUCAUGAAAGAUGUUCAGCUCUUUGCUAGCUCGCAUAUGACAUGGAAGGAUAAGAAAGCGUUGGAGAAUCAGAAUGUCACUCAACUUGGUGGAAAGACUCAGAAGAAACAGAGGCUACCCCUCAGUGUAGCGAGAGUACAGAUGAAGAAACAGAAAGAUAGAGAAGACAAGAUGUUGGAACAGAAUAUGAUUCUUGGACAAUUUGGUGGUACAAGUAGGAAGAAACCAGCUGAGAAGAAGACUAAACCAGAGGAGAGAGUUUUGAAAUCAACUUUCGGGAAUUUCAGGGGCGGUGUUCUUGAUGUUAAGGAUUUACUACGUCCUGGUUCUUAUUCAAGAACUAAUGGUGGAGAUAACAAGUACGGUAAGAACAAGUCCAAAGGCAUUGGAGGAGAACUAAGAGGAGGAGACAUCAAGAAAAAUAGAAAGAAGAAAGGAGGCGGUAAAAGGAAAAGCAAGAAAUCCAUGUUAGCUAUGUAA